CUUCAAACUGUGGUCGGGACCAGCGGCAUCACCUGGGAGCUGGCUGGGGAUACAGAUUCAAUCGUUGCCCCACACCAGACCUGCUGACUGAGAAUCUACAUUUUAACAAGAUUCAGGCUGAUUCGUCUGCUGGUCAAGUUUGAAAGGAACCACUCAAAGUCACAGGUCCUGUUUUCUCUCGUCUCUAUUUUCAGAGUGCCCAGGUGGUGGGUGAGCGCCUGGAAUCCCAGAGUCUGAAUCCUUCCUCUAAGUGGAGAGGAGAAAUCCCCAGCUCCCUGGAGGUGCAUUCCAGCUGAGAGCCUCCAGAGGAGGAACUGUCUUGCGGAACCCUGACUACGGCAUCUGUGGAGCCAAGAGAUGGAUCCAAACUCCAGCUUGCUUUUGGGACCAGCCCAGCAUCCAACAGAACCUUGUAUGGAAGGUGGAAGAAGCCUGUCCCCCAGAGAGCAGAGCAGAUGCUCCCCCUUUGCCUGGAGUCAGGUCCCCAGCUCCAGCCUCUUCGACCCUGACUGCUUUGGGGAUGAGCACAUCCAGGCAAAGAGGGCCAGAGUAGAGACCAUCGUCCAAGGCAUGUUCCUCUCCCCAACCUCUCUGGGGCCAAGCAGGGCCCCCGCCGGGGACAGCCCUAGCGGCCCAGAGAAGGCCCAGGGGCGGAAGAGGAAGCAGAGCCUUCCAAUGCAGCAAGACCCCCUGGAGGCAGGCCCCGCGGGGAACCGGGGCGGCGGCGGCAGGAAGGGGGGUCCUCGGGUGAGAGGACAGCUUCACCUGCUGAGGCAGCAGAUGAGACACCUGCAGGAGCGCAUCCUGCAGGCCGUGGAGCCCAGGGCUGCAGCUCAGGGCCCUCCAACGGCAGACCAAAGGAAUGGCUCUAGGUCUGGGCCCUGGGGGGCGGACAGCGACCACAGCCAAGGGUCCAUCGGGGACCUCUCCAGGGUGGAGAAACACAGAGUGUCUGAGGUCCAGUACCUGUCUGAGGGGCCCAGGUUUCUUCCCACUGGAGCACGGGCCUUGCUGGAGAGUCUGAAGAAAGAACUGACGGGGGCCAUAUCCCAGGCUGUGGACUCGGUGUUACAAAAGGUACUGGUGGAUCCAUCGGGGCACCUGACUCAGCUGGGCGGGAGAUUCCAGGGGCCAGUGCCAGACGGGAGAAGUGAGCCCUUGCCUCCCGAGGGCAGUGCCCGUAAAGAUCCGCUUCCUCUGGUGGCCUUGCCCAGGCGGGCCCAGCCACCAGGGGAGGCUCCACUGGGAAGCUUAUCGCUGGCCAAGCCUCUAGAUUCUCCCAGGUACCCCGUCUCUCCGAGAAUGAUCCCUAAACCCUAUCAGGCUCCCCCAGCAGACUGUCCCUUGGCAGUUGUACCUGCCCACAUCCAGGAGGAGUGGAUUCUCGGCCAGCUACUAGGCCAUGGGCCCGGUGGCCGCUGGAGGGGCGAUCUUCCUCAGGACCCAUCUGCCCUGAGCCAGCCCUCUUCCAAGGUGGCCCUGCGACCUUGGGGAGCUGCCAAACCGCGACCUCUGCCCUUGGGCCAGCAGCAGUGCCCCUGGCCCUUCACGUCCACCUGUUUGGAAAGACUGCCCCUCGUCUCCCCGGUGAAAAUGGAGCCGGGUGGCCGGCAGGCCAUCAUGGACACGCUUCCUUUCUCUGCGGCCCACAUCCAGGAGGGCCUCAAUCCUGGUCACUUGAAGAAGGCCAAACUAAUGUUUUUCUUCACACGCUACCCCAGCUCCAGCCUCCUGAAGGCUUAUUUCCCUGAUGUUCAGUUCAACCGCUGCAUCACCUCCCAGAUGAUCAAGUGGUUCAGCAACUUCCGUGAGUUUUAUUACAUACAGAUGGAGAAAUUUGCUCGGCAAGCGAUUUCAGAUGGUGUCACAAAUCCCAAAAUGCUGGUGGUUCUCCGCGACUCAGAACUUUUUCGAGCUCUCAAUAUGCACUAUAACAAGGGAAACGACUUUGAGGUCCCAGACUGCUUCUUGGAAAUCGCCAGCUUGACUUUACAGGAGUUCUUCAGGGCUGUCUCCGCAGGCAAAGACACAGAUCCUUCCUGGAAGAAACCCAUUUAUAAAAUUAUUUCAAAACUGGACAGUGACAUCCCAGAGAUAUUCAAAUCUUCCAGCUAUCCCCAGGAACUGUUUGGGAAUUAA